AACACACCCACUCCGUGCAGGCACGGUGGCUGAAUUCUGGCGGUGCCACAUCGCCGUGUUGGCCAAGGCACUGUUUCUAGUGCGUGUUUUGCCCACGUGUGGCGCUUUCUUGGCAUAUGCGUGGCACCGAGCGGUCGUACAGGGACCGAAGCUGGGGUGGUGAUGCACUGGCUCAGUACCAUCCCCGCACUUCGCACAUGCCCCAGGUGAGCGAAUCGAAUGGAGCAAGGCACAACGAGGACAAGCUCCCCAUGAGUAGUAGGCUCUGGUCCCAUGCGUGCCGUUUGUUGCCCCGCGGAUGAUUUCCAGUGCUUGGCACUGCACACUUCGCCCUCCUGAUCUCUCGACGCGAGGCACCGCCAGCGCAGCGGCAGCAAUACCUUUGUUACCCUCCCGUUACGUCCGACACGAUGGAUGCGCUGACGGCGCUGGACAUCGGGCCGCGCUGUAGGGGCGGACGGCGCGAAGGCAGGCUCUGCGUUCGCGCCGUGCGGGCGCGCGAGCACCACGGCAGGAGUCGCUGGGGAGGAGAGGUCCCCCGAGGUGGUCCUGGCCCCGGCCUCCAGCGCCUCCCCCUCCUCCACCUCCUCCCCCCCCUCCUCCUCCAUCUGGGUUCUCCUCCCGGCUCGGAGCCCGGGCGUGGCAAUGGGCCUGCCAGCGGCGACCCGGCUUUGGACCCGCGGCGCGCGGCGUUCGGCAGGGCGGGCCCCGUCCAGCGCGCGCGCGCGCGAGCCGGCAGAAAGGAGGAGGCGGAGGCGGAGGAGGACCCUUUCCGCUGCUCCUCCUCCUCCGUCACGGCAAGGCUCUGAAGCUUAGCGUCAGUGCGAGUGGUGUCCCGGCGCCGGCUGCCGCUUGAGUGGCUGUUCCCGGGGAGGUGCCUCAUCUCCAACAUAGCAG